CCCGUAGCAUCUUUCUAGCAACAAGAGAUUCACCCGCAACCAUGGACUCCUUCGUGAAUCUUGCCAAACAGGGCCUGCAGGCCUACGAGCGGUCCCAGUCUGACGUCUCUAAGACUGGCGGUCAGGAAUACAACUCCCCCCACCAUUCUCAGGGUGGCUACAGCGGUGCAGGCGGUCCCGAAAUCGAUGAGAACGAAGUCGUUAACAAAGCUUCUACCGAACACGAGCAGUCGCUCUUCUCGAACGCGUUGGGCUUCCUCAAGCAGAACAAGGACGAACACGUACGCCCCGUUGACGAGGAGGGAGUCCAGAAUGCUUAUAAGACAGCUUACCACGGGAACCCCGAGGAAGCGAAGGCACUCCCUGCCAGUUCUCUCGGCAGCGCCGCUGCGCUGAAGGUCCUGCAACAGUUCACCUCGGGCGGUGGCAGCGGCGGAAAGUCGCAGACCGACCUCAUCAGCGUCGCCAUGGCCGAGGCAUCCAGCUUGUUUGAUCAGCACGGCGGCGGUUCACAAGGUAGUAAACAGGAUGCCGUGAACGGGGCCGCAAUGACCGUCAUGAAGCUUCUUGUCCAGUCCAAAUUCGGUGGUGGCAUCAUUGGCGGUGGCAACAGUGGUGGAUUGGGGAGCUUGAUGGGUCUGGCGUCGAAGUUUUUGUGAGCGCAUCAUAAGGCUUCAAGGCAUGAGAAUGCGAAAUAUGUAUGAUAUAUUGAAGACGCGAGGAUGGGAUGUCAUGUCUGGACACUGCUAGCGUAAAUGAGCAUUGCACUAGCCCCACUACCCGGGAUAGCACUCCAGCACAGCAAGACAUAGAUCACUCGAUCAUGAACACACGAUGUAUGAAGACUUUAGACGUACAAAGACU